AUGCUUCGUGUAAAAGGAACCCCAAGAUUAUGCAAACUUUUACUGACUUCUACUAAACUAGUCUUGGUCUUUGUUUGCAUAUUUUCAUGUGUUAAUUACUUUACUGACGUCCGAAAUAACAAAGUAAGUUAAUAUUUACUAGAAAUUAUAUUUAUUAGAGCAUCAGGCCCAAAGAAGACCACUUCGUGCUGAUUAACAACAACUCAGUACCUGCACAAUAUCUAAACUUUUUUGAUUUGGAUAAUCUGGAUCCCAUAGUGUACAUUUCUGCGCCGGAAAACCUUCACCGCAGCACUCCAGAUAUUAUUGUCGGCAUACCAACAUCACCUAGGUAUAAUGUAGGUUUUUAUUUUACAUUAUAAUAAGUUAUAUUUUAUUUUAAUUUGUCAUAUUAAGUAGUUUUCAGAGAAAUCAAGAUUUUUAAAAACAAAAAAUCUUACUUUUAGGGAUCGUAUCUUUUCAAAUGUUUGGACGACUUAUUGGACAAGAUGUACGAUGAAGAGGUUCACAGAGUAAAGUUUGUGGUAUCCUGUAGCUACAACAACACUAACGCUUACUGUAAUGACCUGGCGGAAGAAAUAAAGAUUAGGUACGAAUGGUCGAUUUCCGUAGGACUACUAGAAUUCGUAUCUUAUCCUUUGAGUUGGACGCCUCUACACUUUCCAGAACCUUUACACAACCAACUGAACUUAAACGACUCAUCUUCAAGAUUUUACUGGAGAACCAAACAACAAAAUGACUUUAUUUAUCUAAUGUCAUAUUGUUAUACCGCUUACAACUCAAGCAAGUACUACAUUCAGCUGGAAGACGAUGUAAUUACAAAGAAAGGUAACUUCGAAUUUGUAAUCUACAGUUUUUUAAAAUAAAAUUUCAUGUUUCAGGAUUUAUCAGCCAUAUUGAGAGAUUUAUCGACAAAGAAGCAGACAAACCAUGGGUCAUAUUAGAGUUCUCCAUCUAUGGAUUCAUCGGAAAACUGUUCAAAAUGAAGACUUUGAAAGAGUUCAUUUUGUUCGACAUUCCCUUGUACAACAUCCUACCGGUCGACUGGGCCUUGGACAAGUUUACUUUCGGCGAUCGUUGUCAGGAUGCUCCUUCCAGGAAAACGUGUAUAAGGAAAAUGUACAAGACCUACCGGUUGAAUUGCCGACCUGCUCUGUUCCAACAUAUUGGCUAUUAUUCAUCUUUGUAUGGGAAGAUCCAGAAAGCGAAGGAAAGGGUGUUCCUCAACAAGCCAUUGCCAGUUCUCAUCGAGAAUCAGAAGCCUACACUGGAGAAUGCUACGUGUACUGAUCUACGGGUUACAAAGCAAAUGAUUGAAGAUAUGUAUUACGGGGAGAAACCACUAAACAUUACCGGAGACAUUAAUAACUUCGAGUUGAAACUCAUGCUAAAUUCUUAUGUUUUUGUAGAACGUAAGUUACUUCCCAGAAUUAUUAUGAAUUUAGGUUUACAAAACAUUUUUAAAACCAUAUAUUGUUUCAGUUAACUUUGUAUCUAAAAAAAGUGAAUAAUUUCUCAAAAGUAGGGAAACAAAAACAAACUGCCGGAUCUGCCCUUUCAAUUAAUGGUGUUGUUAUUUCAGAGAUUGAUUUUCGUUACCGAUAUGAAUCGAAAUGGGAAACAUUUCCGUUUCAACUGUUUUACAAUCAAAGGAUCGAGGCGCCUUCUAACGGCUCCAUAAAUGUGCAGAUUAAUGAGUUGACGAUUCGCUUGCACAGCGAAAUAUCGAAUUUGGUUAUAACCCGUCUGAGUUUGAGGCGUCCGUCGUGA